UGCUGUCAACGGUACCUUCAUAAACCAAUGGCAGCAGAAAGCAGGCCCUCCUUCCCCGUGUGCUUGUCCUCGGCCCUGGCGUCCAGGCUGGCGGUGGACAGAGAGAUGCUGCUGAAUCUGGAGGGCGAACACCUCACCCUCGUCGGCCUCAAUGGCAUUUAUUCGUGGACGUGGAACAUACGGCACCUGCGCAACUAUGGCUACAAACGGGACGACUUCCACUUCGAGGCUGGGAAGCGAUGCCAGACCGGCGUAGGCUACUUCUCCUUCUAUACCCCACAGGGCAAGGAGAUCUUUCGUGUUCUGAAUCAAAUGAAGGGAGAGUAUAAGCGCCGGAACUUUAAACAGCCUAACAGGGUGGCUGAAACAAACCUCCCAUCUCCAAGGAAAAUUAGCAUGAAGUUGAAGUUCCUUUCCUUGUUACCGAGGAGGAAACCCAAAGAAAAAAAAUCGGACAGAUUUGAGGAAGCCAAAAAUGAAGAGACGAGUUCCUUGCAAGAACAGAAACGGUCAUCGGUUGUCUCGGCUGCUUACGUCACAAUCCUGCCCGAGACGCCAAGUGGUUCGAACUCUGCUUCGGAAAACAAACACCAGACGGACAGAAGUAUGAAGAAGCGUUUCCGGGCUGGCGACGCGUGGAAACACCAUGGCUAUUAAUAUUCGGGUCGGUGCUGAUAAGCAAUCUUUGUACCCCUAUUCUGCAUAACCCUUCGUCGCCUAUCUCUCUGAAUUUGUCUUUUUUAUGAAUGAUACUCGGCUAGCUGCUUGUCUUACUGAACAUUAGAGUAGGCAAUAGUGUACACUUGCCUUGUUUAGAAUCAAUCACAGACGGAAUCGAAAAUGUCAUCUGCGUUACUGAAGCUUCGAAACACCAGCAUGAAUCUCGAGACGGUACUCAAGACAGAUUUCGAAAGAAGAUACAGCUAUAAUGAUCAAUAAACUAGCCUAUGCUUAUUGUAAUUAUUAUUACUGGUAUUACUGUACUGUAUCGCUCCUCUACCAACGGGUCCACGGGGUUUAAUCUAGGAAUGGCUCAGAAAGGAAAGACCGCGACCAAAUCCAUUCAUGAAGUGUGUUUUUAUUUUGGAUUUUGAGUUUGUGAAAAGAUUUGACAUUGAUUUCAUUAUUCAUUCAAGAAUAUGAGUUAUAAAAAUAAUAAAUAUGUUUUUUUGUGUGUGUAUUUAGCUAUCUACUUAAUUACAUACUUACUGAUAUAGAGGUAGAAAGACAGAUAGAUAUAUAUAAAUAUGUAUUGGUACAUAUAUAGAUAAUCAGAUAAACAGGUAUGCACUGUACACAUACACACACCAAAAUUUAUAUGUGUAUAUAAAUAGAUAUCCGUGUGUGUGUGACCCAGCUAUGUCUAUGUCAUAUUACUAUAUUCUACAUAUUUUAUAUAACCUUACAUGUCUGUCACAUACGUAUCUUCACACAUACGUAUACAUAUGCAUUUACUCAUGAUUAUUGCUUUAACAAAAUGGUCAUCUCUUCUUACCACACUAGACAUUCCAACGUUGUAACAUGCAUGUAAACAUGUCCAUUGAUUUACCUGUUUAUUCGUCUCUCCUUCCCACACUAAACAUUUCACUGUUGUGUUACAUAGCAAGAGCUAUGUAACACUACCUUUUUACAUCACCGAUUAUCACAUGCUAAACACGUGAUUUAUUCCCAACUUUAGACGACUGUACGAGAGGACAGGCAGAUUCCCUGUGCAGAGCCAAGGAAAAGUCGCACUCCACUAUUACUCUUUAAUAAAGGAGUCAAGACAA